UUGAGGUUCAUGUUUCACCUCAUACCACCCACCUGUUCCUUCCUUUUUCUUGCUUGCACUUGCACUUGCACUCCUCUAUACCAUGGCAGAUUCCUAUAUGUGUUGUCUGUGUGCUGAUGCGCUGAGGGACCCCAUCACCAUCCCUUGUGGAGAUACCUUUUGCCUGGAUUGUAUCAAGUUGUACUGGGACCAAUUGGACCACCUGGGAGUCUACAAUUGCCCAGAGUGUCGGGCGACCUUUACGCCUCGCCCUAUCCUACGCCGUAGCGUGCCCAGCGUCGCUUCUCAUGAUCGUCACUCGCCGGUACCGUCCUUAACACCCUUCCCAGACCUCAAGAAGGAUUCGUUAUGUGAUUUCUGCACAGGCCGACGGAACCGAGCAGUCAAGUCGUGUUUGGUUUGUUUGGCGUACUACUGUGAGACACACGUCAAGCCUCACUAUGAGUCGGCUACAUUUAAGCGGCACAAGCUGGUCGAUGAGAUGGGGCAUUUGGACCGUAAGAUCUGCCCACAGCAUGAGAAGAGCCUUGAGUUGUUCUGCAAAUCGGAUCAGAUGUGUAUCUGUGUUCUGUGCACUGUGAGGGAGCACCGGGGCCACAAUACUGUUAGUGCUGAGGAUGAACGUGCAGAGAAGCAAAAAGUGCUGGUGGUGACCCAGUCUGAAGUCCAGCAUAUUAUCCAAGAGCGCAUGAAGGAACUACAGGACCUCAAACACAAUGUGGAUGUGCUCAAGGGUAACGCUCACCGUGCCCAAGCGACCAGUGAUAAGAUCUUCAACGAGAUGCUGCAAUCGGUGGAGCGCUGGCAUGCUGAGAUCUGCCAACUUAUUCAGGCUAACCUGCAGUCUGCCAUGUCACAGGCUGAUAGCUAUACGGAGCGGCUAGAGCAGGAGAUCAUGGAGCUCCAGCGACGAGACGCAGAGUUACGGCAUAUACUUGACACAGAGGACAACAUAUAUUUUCUACAGAGUUUUCCGAUGCUGGGCAUUGCCCCUGAGGCACUGGUGCCCAAAGUCCUCAUCAACCAAGAGUUUUCUUUUAGUGAGGUGACCAAAACAGUGACGGACAUGAAGGACCACCUGGAUGACAUCUGCAAAAAAGAGUUGGACAACUUGUCCAAAAAAGUAAGUGACAUCCCGGUCUAUGUGUUAAACCCCAGGACUGGUAAUAGGUUUAAAGACAGUCUUUCCUCAACAACACCAAAAGUGGACCUUCAGAAGCCCAAAACUCGAGCGGACUUCCUCAGAUAUACAGUGAGACUUACCUUCGACCCUAAUACGGCCUAUAAGGAGUUGGUCCUGUCCGAUGGGAAUCGCAGGGCAAUUCGGAAGCGCAUGGUCCAGUUUUAUCCAGAUCAUCCAGACCGCUUUGACGGCUUUUGCCAGAUCCUGUGCGCCGAGCCCUUGAGUGGCUUCCGUCACUACUGGGAGGUGGAGUGGAGCGGCGAGUUCUCCGUUGGUGUCACUUACAAAAGCAUCAGCCGCAAAGGCAAGAACUCACACAGCCUCCUCGGUUACAAUGACCGAUCCUGGAGCCUUCUGUGUUCUGACUCUGGAUACUCGGCCUGGCACAACAAGACGGAUAAAGAUGUUCCGAGCGUGCCCAGGGCCUCGCGAAUUGGUGUGUACCUCGACUACUCCGGUAAUUCAGUGUCCUUCUAUGCAAUCUCAGAAAACAUGGACCUCAUCUACAAGUUUCAGGCAAGAUUCUCAGAGCCGCUAUAUGCCGGGUUUGGAGUCGGAGCCUCGGUAUCUCUGUGCUCACCAGAGAAGAUCACACAGCUGUACUCCUGAGGACAACAAGUUGAAACAAAACUAAUCUUGGUUGUAGCUUGGGCCAAUACAAGGACAAGUCAAACUCUUCAUUAUGAGGUUUCAAAUGGAACCUUCUCACAAAAUGGCCAAAAGGUCCUCCAUAUGAGAAAACCUCCAGUUAUUCUUUUGUACAAUUAACCUAGUCAUAUUAGCAUGCUAAUAAACAAACAUGGUAACUAGCCAGCUGAGUAACAAUGUCUGGUAUAAGAGUUAUGCACUUAGGUAAAAGUAUAGAUAAUGUGCCAACAAGUAAAAUAUCAAGUGUACUAUUUUUAUCUACUAGUAGCUAGAAUUUGAUGUACUAGCCAGUCAGUGUUUUGAAUAAACACUAGUCUAACCUUUAGACUAACUUCAACAAAGCACUUUAAACUUUUAAAAACAUUUGCAGUUACCAUUAGCAAAGCAGCAAAAACGAUCUUAAAAAUGACCUGGAGGUCUUCGUCUUUAAAAGAGGUAAAGCAGGUGCCUCAUUUUAUACAAAUCUUUGUUUACUCCAGUGGAAAGCUGUUGAGGAAGUUGGACCAUGAGGUCAAUGAUUAAGGCUCUGGGUUACUGAUCGGAAGGUUGAUGGUUCAAGCCCCAGGACUACCAAGUUGGGCACUUGACCCACUCAGGGCAAUCAAAGAAAGUCUGUAUAAAUACAGCAAAAGAAUACUUGAUUUGAAAGUUUUGUAGAGUUUUUGUGUGUAACAAAUAAAAAAAAACCCUCCAAAAAUCAUACACUCCUAUUUUUCAAACAGCAAAAACACUCAUUCAAUUACAGUAUAGUCAAAAGAAACCUGUGUUUCGGCCAUUGCGUCGGCCAUUGUUGGAAAUACCUCUGAACAGUGAGCCAGACACCGUAUGCUGACUUUUAAUCCCAUUAGUAUAUAUACAUUAUAUAAACAGAGAUUAAGAGAAAACAAGACACACAAGAUGGAACUAACUGCAUGGAACUAACUUUUAUUUACUAUUUUAAAGCAUUAAACCUUAUAACCUUCAACCAUCACCUAUUUCAACAUAAUAAAAUAGUAAAAAAAAAAAAAAAAAAUUGCAGGCCAGAAUUCGGCUCCUUUAUAACAAGCUUGUCACUGUACAGUUGUUUCUGAAAUUCCGAUAAUUGCAGGCUCAUCGUUUCUUUUCUGUUUUAUCCUAAGUGCUGCCUAUGUAAUCUUUCGAACUCGCAAUUGGAUUGCAUCCUAUCGUAUCACAUCGACUUACAGGUUCCUGUCUGCUCUCCAACAUAAGAUUCGUCCUUCAUUCCAUCCAUCACUCUCUCAUUCAGGUCUCUUUUUCCACCGCAAUUUAGGGAAUUGGUUUUUCCCAUUCGUUUUGCAGAGCUCAGAACAGCCAUGCUGCAACGCAACAAAGCUCAUCAUUUAGUGUCUCGUUUUGUGUUUUUGUUCAAUUUGCUACAACAAAAUAUGGCAUCACAUUAAGUUAUUUUCUGGCAAACGAUAAUAAUUCGGUAUAUUUCUCAUAAAGACAGGGUCUACACGGUUUAUUUUAAACUACAACCUGAAAAAAAAUUUAAAUAUUUUGGGGUAGUGAUGGAGUAGUUUUUGGUAAGUGAAGUUGUUUUAGUUGUAGGGCAGAAGUGGAGGUGUUUUGGGGCGGGUUUAUUGUACAGGGUAGGGGUGGAGGUGUUUUAGGGGGUUUACUGGGCAGGGUGGGGUGAGGUGUUUUGGGGGUUUACUGUAAAGGGUAGGGGUGGAGGUGUUUUGGGGGUUUAUUGUACAGGGUAGGGGUGGAGGUGUUUUGGGGGUUUACUGUAAAGGGUAGGGGUGGAGGUGUUUUGGGGGGUUUAUUGUACAGGGUAGGGGUGGAGGUGUUUUGGGGGGUUUACUGUAAGGGUAGGGGUGGAGGUGUUUUGAGAAGGCGGAUUGUUUUAGGGUAGGGCUGGAGUUGUUUUGUCAGGGAGGAGUAGUUCUGGAGCUGGAGUUGUUUCAGGGUGGGGUUGUUUUGUGGGGGCAGGACUAUUUUACAGAUUAGGGUUGAGGUGUUUUGUGGGGGCAGAAAAAUCUUACAGUAAAAAAUUCCGCUAAAAGGAAAUCAGAAUGGACCUUUCACAAUUCCGUAGCUACAAAAACAUUUGGAAAUAAUUUACAGAUGAACGGCUCGUAAAAAUGCCGUCCUGUCUGUAACCUCUGAUCAUUUUCUACCGCUAUGGAAAAUAAAUUCUCUUUGCAAUCUUUUGUCUUUUUUUUUUCUCUACAUUUAUUUUUCUUCCCCACCAGAAAAAAAUACAGCUACAUCAAAAAAAAAAAAAAAAUAGAAAUCUGACACGUUCACCAUCGAAGCUGCGACACGAACACUAUAAAUAUCAUUAUAUAUAAAUUCCACGUGCACAUUAUAUUCGUCUUUACAUCGAUCAAGCUGAAGCAGAAACGCUGCUACUUUUGCUAAAUUUCCCAUCGUGCAAAACAGCCCGAUCGUUAGAAGCUCGGUUUGACGUUACACAACAGAACCUUGACGCUUUUCUACCACAAAUGAAUUGAUGAUGUAAUAAUCACCUUUUGUGUAAAGUUCUUUAUCAUUACAGCUCAAAACUCAGCCACAAAUCACACACACACACACACUAAUUCAAUCACUGGAAACCUAGGGGUUUGUGUACUGCAGUAAAAAAAGAAAUAAAAUAAAAAGAAAUUGUUGAGUCUUAGCUGCAUCAUACCCCAGACUCAGAGUCGGAUAGGAGAUGUGGCGUGAAGUGAAAAGUCAGACAGAGGGACACAUUCAAAUUAUUUCCCAUCAAAGAAGUUCCAUUUUCACAAUGAUCAAUAUAAUCAAAAAAUGUAAAAAUACAAAUGCUGAAUUCUUAUAUAUAUAUAUAUAUAUUUUUUUUUUUUUUUUUGGGGGGGUAACUAUUAAAAAAUAUCCAUAAUAAAAAAAAAUGCAUUUUAUAGUUGUUUAUUAUUAUUAUUAUUAUUAUUAUUAUUUAAAAAUAAAUCAGUGAAUUUCUGGAGACAAACUUGUCUGUUUUAAACCAAAUACAUUUUUUAAAUGAUUGUAAAAGUAAUCUAUCAAAAAAGAAUUCUUUUUUUUUAUUUUUUAUUAUUAGGUUUUGAAAAAAGUCUAGUAGUAGUGAAGGCCUUAAUUGAUUCAUUAAUUACAGUAAUAAUAAAAUAAGAAGAAGAAGUAAAAAGAGAAAAGAAUAUUAAUAAAGUUACAUAUUUGCCAGGGUUUAGAUCUCAAUUUUUUUUUUUCCUCAGUCAUGAAUUUUCUUUUCGGGUGCACAAAUAAUCUAUUACUGAUCCAUACUGUGCUGUUGAGGUGUGUGUGUGUGUGUGUGUGUGUGAGAGAGAGAGAGAGAAAGA